AUAUGCUUUGCUUUGUAUUGACUGUCAAAUUUUUGAAUUUUGUAUAAAAUUAAAAUUUGUUCAAUUUAUAUUCAUAUUCACUUUUAUUAGGUCCAAACCCAUCCAGAGCGUGAAAAAGUAUUGCAAAUCACAAAAAUGACACACGAUGGAAACAAAGCAGAGGAUAAAAUAUUAACAACUAUACAACAAGAAUAUAAAAUUUUAGCAGAAUACAAAAUGAUAGAAGCUGAAAAAAUAGGAGGAAUAUAUGUUAUACCUUCCUUCGGCAACUCCUUAUUGUGGUAUGGCGUUUUGUUCGUAAGGCAGGGAUUUUACGCUGAGGGCGUCUUUCGUUUUAACAUGCUUUUGCCGGACAAAUAUCCGGAUGAUAAUACUGUGCCAACUGUCAUCUUUCAAAACGAAAUAUAUCAUCCUUUGAUAUGUCCAUUUACAGGGACCAUGGAUUUGAGUCAUGCCUUUCCACAGUGGCGUUGUGGUGAAGAUCACAUUUGGCAAUUGCUAAAGUAUAUGCAGUAUAUAUUUAACGAGCCUUUGGAUUGUGUACGUUUGACAAACAUUACAAAAUGGCUGAAUUCGGAAGCGUUUGAAUUAAUAAGCCAAAAUCGUGCUGGUUUUAUAACAAAAGUAAAAGAUUGCGUGAACUGCAGUAAGGAGCAUGUAUACGAUAAACCGCCAACAGAUGAUCCUCAUUAUAUUACAUUUGACGAGUAUAAUGAAGAAGUUCACGGUCCCAUAAAGCAACGAAUAAGAGAAGGUAAAGAUCCUAUGCCUGGUUCAACUGCGACGGGUCCUAAAGGUUUAUCAUGGGUUAAACCAGGUGAAUUUACACCAUUAAGUUUAGAAUAGUAUAUGUUUUUUUAGUCUUAAUCUUAUUAAAAGUUGCUUUAUAACA